AUGGCUCGAAGGUGGCAUUUUUUAAAUGUUCUGUGCUCAUUAAUACUUGUUAAUAGCGUGAACACUGAAGGAGAGAGGUCCGCUUGGAAAUGGGGCUGCGACAACGGGAAAUGCGUGAAAUCGCUAAUUGACGCGCACAGCAGGGAACCAGCGCUAAGUUUGGAGGCGAUAAGGUAUCGCAAGCAUGAACAGGCUAUUUCUAGCGUGAACACUGAAGGAGAGAGGUCCGCUUGGAAAUGGGGCUGCGACAACGGGAAAUGCGUGAAAUCGCUAAUUGACGCGCACAGCAGGGAGCCAGCGCUAAGUUUGGAGGCGUGCAAGAUGUUCUGCAAUGAAUACGGCCUACUAUGGCCGCGGCCCACUGGCGAAGCACAACUUGGAAAUUUCCUCUCGAAGAUCAAUUUGAACAACAUAGAUUUGCAGAUACCAAACAAAGGUAGAACUGACUCGCUUAUGGAUGAGGCUGGCCAGAGGUUCAGACAGAUUGUGUCCUUGUCGGUGCCCAACGGGCUGAAGGCGAAGGCGAGCGGCAAAGCGCUGACCGUCUACCUGGUCAACGAGAAUCCUGACGUAAGAGAGUUCUCGCUGGACAUGGACGAGAGCUACACGCUGAGCGUCUCCCCGUCCUCCGCCGACCGGCUGAACGCCACCAUCGUGGCGAGCACCUACUUCGGCCUCAGGCACGGCUUGGAGACGCUCUCGCAGCUGAUAGUCUACGACGACAUCCGGGACCACCUCUUGGUCGUUAGGGACGUGAACAUCAGCGAUAAGCCGGUAUACCCAUACCGUGGUAUACUCCUCGACACCGCAAGAAACUACAUCACCGUCGAUGCGAUAAAGUCUACUAUUGACGCGAUGGCGGCCGUUAAGCUCAACACGUUCCACUGGCACAUCACCGAUAGCCAGAGCUUCCCCUUCGUAUCCGAGCGGGAGCCGCGCCUAAGCAAGCUCGGCGCCUACACUCCAAACAAGGUCUACACGAAGGAAAUAAUCAAGGAAGUGGUGAACUACGGCCUGGUGAGGGGGGUGCGAGUGUUGCCAGAGUUCGACGCACCGGCCCACGUGGGCGAGGGUUGGCAAGACACCAAUCUGACAGUCUGCUUUAAGGCUGAACCGUGGGCCUCUUACUGCGUGGAGCCCCCCUGCGGCCAACUUAACCCGGCCAGGGAGGAGCUCUACGACCGGCUGGAGCACAUUUACAUGGAUAUGGCAGACGCCUUCCGGCCGGACAUGUUCCACAUGGGCGGGGACGAGGUCAGCGAGAGGUGCUGGAACAGCUCCGAGGAGAUCAGGCAGUUCAUGGUGCAGAACAGGUGGGAGCUGGACAAGGCGAGCUACCUCAAGCUGUGGAACUACUUCCAGACCAAGGCCCAGGACAGGGCUUACAAGGCGUUCGGAAAGAGGCUCCCUCUGGUGCUCUGGACCAGCACACUCACGGAUUACACUCACGUCGAAAACUUCCUAAACAAGGACGACUACAUCAUUCAGGUAUGGACCACGGGAUCCGACCCCCAGAUCUCGAACCUUCUGCGGCGGGGCUAUCGCCUGAUCAUGUCCAACUACGACGCCCUCUACCUCGAUUGCGGAUUCGGCGCUUGGGUGGGAAGCGGAAAUAACUGGUGUUCGCCGUACAUCGGAUGGCAGAAGGUGUAUGACAAUAGCCCUAAAGCAAUGGCGGGCCCGCACAGCGAUCUGAUACUCGGGGGCGAGGCGGCGCUGUGGACCGAGCAGGCGGACUCCACCACGCUGGACGGCCGCCUGUGGCCCCGCGCGGCCGCCAUGGCGGAGCGCCUCUGGGCAGAGCCGAGCAGCGAUUGGCACGAAGCCGAGCACAGGAUGCUCAACGUCAGGGAACGCUUGGUGCGCAUGGGAAUCAAAUCGGAAUCUCUCGAGCCAGAAUGGUGCUAUCAAAAUGAGGGAUACUGUUAUCAU